AUGAAUCACUUCUAAUCUUUUGAAAACAGCAAUUUACAAGAAAUCGAUCCUGCAGGUCUUGAUAAAAAUGAAUCUCUACCUUUAAAUACAAAGAAUUCUUCCAGAAGAGCCUGGUCUUAGAAAGAGGACAAUUAACUAAGGUGUGCGAUAAAAUUGUAUGGCACGAAUUGGUUGACUGUCGCUUCAGCUUUAUAAAAUAGAAAUCCUUCUCAAUGUGCUCAAAGAUGGAAACGGAUAAAACCACAAAAUGAAUAUAGUAAAAGAUAAAUAUGGACAAAAAAAGAGGAUUAAUUAUUAAUGCACUUUGUUUAAAUCUAUUAAAAUAAUUGGGUUGAAAUAGCCAGAAAUAUCCCUAAUAGAACGAGCAAACAAGUUAGAGAACGAUUUGUUAACAAGUUAAAUCCCGAGAUCAAUCAAGAGCCAUUCACAGACGCCGAAGACAAACUUAUUAUUGAGGGAUUCAAGAAUUUUGGGUCGAAGUGGUGCAAAAUCUCCAAGAUGUUACAAGGUAGACCGGAAAAUAUAAUUAAAAAUAGAUUUUAUUCAUAUCUUCGAAAGCAUUAUUUGAAAAUUGACAACCCUUACUAUGUUAUUCCUUAGCCAAAUUAAGAAUUAUCUCAUUCGUUUUAUCGGGAACACAAGGAAAAUAAAGUCAAAAAAAUCAAGAAACUAAAGAAAUUUCCAAAAUUAGCUAAUUCUAAGACUAUCAAAAUAUAACAAAAAAGUUAAUCCAUCUAAUUUAAAUCCAAUCUCGAUGACCAAAAUUAAAAAGAAGACUAAAUGCCUUUUAAAGCAUCAAAGAAUCAAGAAAAAUAAGGAAAAUUACAAUUCAGAAUGCCAGAUCCAUAGGAAUCGUUAAAUCUAGUAAAAACUGAAGAGCCAUUGGAAAAUGAAUAAGAGGCAAAACUUCAGAAAGAAAAAUUAGAAUAUUUCUCGUCUAAUUUUUAACCAAAUUCUUUUCACUAAACCAAUAUAUAACCACUUUAAUGCCUAAUUUAUUAUUGUAGCCCUUAAUUGAGUAUGCCGUUUAUUCCUUCAUUUUUCAGUACUCCUUUACUACAAUACGGAAUGGCGAGUUAAGAAACUUUGCUUUCGAGAUCUUAGGAAAUCAAAUCAAAGAAUUCAAGUUGA